AUGUCGAUCCUUACAACUGCCCAACUUGCAGAGUCACUCUUCCUGCAACCCAUCAUGAUAUCGAUGAACAGCUUGGUCCAGACACUCCUUCUGUCCUUUCUCAUGUCCGCCAAUGGGCAGCUCGACUGGAGACCGAUAUCCAUCUGUGUGGCGUCGGAUAUCCUUGUCAUUGGCGCUGACCAUCUUAAGGAUCAAGAGGACGAAUUCACAUCUCACCACGAUAAUGUAAACGAUCGACACCUUGUUUCUUUGUUUGUAUAUGCAAAAGUUUUCUUCGCCGUCAGUGCUGUGGUCCUUGGGUUGACACUCUUGCUAUGCCCAAUUCGGACGCUCCUCGCCACAGCAGUUUUCGUGGUUCCUGCUUUACUCUGGACCACUCCUAUCAACCUGAAGGACUUGAGGCUGAAUUUGAAGCGCCUAAUCGGGAUCGAUGUUUUUGGUGAAGACAAGCAUCAGGCACGCAAGUCUACCCUUGUCAUCAAACGCAUCCCUGGCAUGAAAGCUAUUUUUAAUGGUAUAAUUCGAGGGUGUGGCCUCUACGUCGUUGUCCGCACCGUGUUGUUCGGAUCAGGAAGUUUGAAUCAUGCACUACCGUCCCCAUGGACUAGUGCUCAACUGAUAGCCUGGUCGACCGUCGACCGCGUAUGUCAUGCGGUCAUGACUGAUGUCCGUGAUUUCGAGAACGAUUUGAAGACCGGCGUCCCUACCAUACCCAUCCUUAUCGGAUCCGUCGUUAAGACGAAACUCGUGUUGACAGCCUGCCACAUGCUUGUCAUGUUGGUUUUCAUCGAAAAUCCAUACAUUAUGUCGAGCUGCUUAUGGGCCACAGCUCUGGUGUGGAUGCUGGGAAUACACUCGUCCAAAAGGGCUUUUUGGUGGAGCACUCAUUCACGGUCCCCCUUCAUUAUCUGGUACUUCCUGAUGAGGUACACCGCUUAG